AUGAUUGCUUUACUCUUCAAACAAGUGAUUUUUGGUAUACUCCUAAGUGAAGCAGUUUUAACCCUGGCAAACUGUGCAGGUUACACCUUGUGCAAGAAAACUCGAUUUCCAUGGAAACGUCACGUGAUUAGUUACGAGAGACCGUGCAGCGGAGGGGAAAUUAUCAACUCCACCGUGUCCCCUGUGUUCUUGGAGGAAAGCUUUGUCCAAUUAAGAAACAACUUCAUGACCAGUUUGUACGAGCUUUCUUGGCAAAUCCAGAAUUUGACUCUAUUUGCAAUUGAGCGAAUGCCUGUCCAAACAAGUUUCGAAAAAUCCAGAAUCAUUACAAAAGUUGGACAAAGAUGCCCAUCGAGCUCAAUUUUACUGGACCUGUUCGAAAAGCUUUCAGAAAUCGGACUUUACAUGUCUCUGAUACAAGAACAUUUCUCUGUAUUUAUGGACUUCAACUGGCACGAGGACCACCUGCUGAGAGUGAUGUGUAACCUGCGGAAGAUUUAUCACAGACACGGAGAAUCGGACCACCAUUCGAACAUUCUUCUUCAAUCAGCCACCAAAUACUCACUGUGUAUCAAACACAAUACAAACUGUGCAAACUUCUACGUUUGGCUGUUAGAUAAACUUCAGACUGUGAACACCAAAAUGGAUCGUGUCGUUACUUCAUCUCGGAGGUUUGAGCUGCAGGGACAGUAUCAUGUAUGAACUAAAUAUAAAAGUCUUCCAAUUUACCGGUAUUAUUUAUAUGCUUGCCAUCGCCCAUCUUAUGCAUUACAUGUAACA